ACUUUUUUUUUGUCUGAAUCAUAUCUGUUUACUGCAACUGCGAUCGAGUCUGUCGGCAUUAAUGGCUUCUUACAGAGGAACCAAAGUUCCUCUCUCUGCCUUCAUUCUCGUCUUGUGCGGUCUCUUGUUCUUUUUGCUGUUGUACACUGAGAGGAUUAGCCUUAUUUCAUCUUCUUCUUCCUCGUCAUCGUCAUCUUCCAUUUUCAAGUUCAAGACCUGUGCAAGAAAACGCAGCACUGGGUCCAUAUCCAAGGAGAAACUAGAAGACGAAGAAACGACGGUGGACCCAGAACUUGUCGACGACAGGUUUGAGUUCGACGAAGAGUGCGAUGUCACGGUCGGGAAAUGGGUUUACAACCGUUCGAUCGAGCCUCUCUACACCGAUGAAUCAUGCCCGUACAUCGACCGCCAAUUCUCUUGCGUAAAAAACGGACGGCCUGAGACCGAUUACCUCCGCUGGGAAUGGCGGCCUGAUGACUGUACUCUCCCCCGAUUUAGCCCGGAGUUGGCAUUGAAUAAGCUCAGAGGGAAAACGCUGCUCUUUGCGGGAGAUUCACUUCAGAGAAGCCAGUGGGAAUCCUUCGUGUGUUUGGUGAAUUCCGUCAUUCCCGAGGGACAAAAGUCAAUGAAAAGAGGCAAAAGACACUCUGUCUUCAGAGCAAAGGAAUACAAUGCGAGUAUCGAAUUCUACUGGGCACCAUUCAUAGUGGAAUCGAACACAGAUCAACCAGUGAUAGCUGACCCCAAGAAGAGAAUAGUGAAGGUGGAUUCUCUCGAAGAGAGAUCCAAGCGCUGGGAAGGAGCCGACAUUCUCGUCUUCAACACUUAUGUCUGGUGGAUGAGUGGCCUUAAAGUCAAGGCACUAUGGGGUUCGUUCCCAAACGGAGAAGAGGGCGCGGAAGCACUGGACACGCCCGUGGCUUACCGGUUGGGUCUCAAGACGUGGGCGAAUUGGGUUGACUCUACCGUUGACCCCAACAAGACCCGAGUCUUCUUCACCACCAUGUCCCCUACUCAUACCAGGAGUGCGGACUGGGGGAAGCCGAACGGCACGAAGUGUUACAACGAGACAGAGCCCAUAAGGAAGAGGAGGUUCUGGGGGAGUGGGUCGAACAAAGCGAUGAUGGGCGUGGUAUCGGGCGUAGUGAAGAGGAUGAAAAGCCACGUCACUUUCCUCAAUAUCACUCAGCUCUCAGAGUACCGUAUCGACGCCCACGCAUCCGUGUACACAGAGACAGGUGGCAAGAUCUUAACGGCUGAAGAGAGAGCCGAUCCAAUGCGGCACGCUGACUGCAUCCACUGGUGCCUCCCUGGAUUGCCCGACACGUGGAAUCAGAUCCUUUUGGCUCAUUUGUAAUUAGCGCUAGGUGUCGAGGGUAUAACCGUGAUGUGCGAUGCAAUUCAAAACGUUUUGUUGCAAUGUAAACGACACGCAUUGCUACUGUAUUCAGAAUAUUUUUGAGAAAGGGCCUUUUGCAGCAAGGGGAGAAGAAGAACGCAGCAAAAUUAGGCCCAUUAAACGACAAGCCAUUUUUCAUCAUUUUCUGAAACGGCAAGCAAUUCGGCCAACAUAUCAUACUGCAGCUCGUGUUUUUUUAUUCUCCCAGUCUUCGUACAGUCGUACUGCCAUAUUCGUAUCUAGAUGCGAUGAAAAUUUUCCCAGGAAACGCGAACUUCCCUGGAAAUCGCCUCGGAUACAUUAUGAUGUUUCUCCGUCCGAGUUCAUGUUCUCCCGCUGAAUUUCGUUGGCUGAAGACUGGAGCGAGUAUGUUCCCUAAUUAUUUUUGUCAGUUUGGUUUCUUUUGACGCUAGGGUUUCGUUGCCUUUCUUUUUGAUAGGGAAACCGAAGUGAAAUUUCGGCUAUGGCGGGAGGAAUUUUCAUCCGCCGACCUUUCUCUUAUAUGGCGAACGAGCUCAUAGUCAAUGGUUUGGCGAAUAGCUCCCAGCAUCAAUUUUACUAUUACAGGAUCCUGAAAGACAGUUCAGCAAGUACAUGAACAUGUUAAAGGUUGGAAUUCUUGUACAUGGUGGCAGAGUUUCUUGUGAAAGUUGGUUGGGUUUAACGAGCGGCCCGGAAGAAAUCAAAUCAGUGGGUCGUGCUUACCACAUGAAGAUGGCGGAGGAAGAUUCGGACUCCAUGCAUUGUCAUGUACGCAUACACUAACCCUUUAUCCUUUAAUGGAGUUGGUGCAUUCUAGUGAGGCCAAAUUAUGUGGGUAAGAAGGGUGGGCAGGUACUUGGUGAGCCCGGAGAUUGAUUUUGUGAAAUUCUACGGUAGGAAUCAUGACGUUGACUCUUUGACCGACAGUGUCAUCACUGAGAUCCGACGACAGAGAAGAAGAGAAGUUCACUUUCUGCGUGAUCUUGGUUUAUUUUUGAUGGUUUUGUUGGCCAAUUGCUCUGUGUGUUUUGGUUUUGGUUCUUUUGUCAGUGAUUCCUCAUUCGGUUGUGCCAGUAUACGUAUACGUCGUCCAUCACUAUCCUUGAAUUUAAUGUGUAGUUGUUAUAAGGGCCCUUAAAAACUUCAAAAAAAAACUGAUUUUAAUUUUUCACUUAUU